UGGGACCCUUUGCUGGUUGGUCUGCCUAGCAUGGGUGGGCUUUCUCUCCGAAAAAGCAGCAUGCUGGAACUUGCCUCCCCACCACCAGAAGCAUUCCCCACCAGAAGCAGAUUUUAGGGACCCAAUCUUAGGGUGGCUUUCCUGGUUGAAGUUUGGCAUCCCCCCUGCUUCCUAGGUUGAGGCAGGAUUAGCCUUCCAAAUGUUGGCUGGUGUUCAGCCAGGGCCCCACCUGAGAGGACAGAAUGCUUAAGUUCAGGCCUGUGGCCCAUGGACGCUGCCACACGUGGCCCACCCAGUAGUGCCACCUCUGCGUAACCAUGUAUGGGCAAGAGAGCCGACAUGUUUUGUUGAAGGUUGAAUAUGUCAGAAGACAAGAGGCAGGCAGAGUGUGACAGACCCCCCACGGAGGGAGGAAAUCAGGCAGACCUAGAACAGGCCAGGGCGCUUUGCCUGCCUGGACACCCUCCAUGGCUGGCUGCUUGUGAUGCAGACCAUGCCAGGAUGGACAGAAUAACUUAUGAUGCUCAUCCCCACCCACCACUUCCGAGACAUUGAGCGGAAGCCAGAAUACCUCCAGCCGGAGAAGUGUGUCCCACCUCCCCAGCCCGGUCCUGUGGGAACCAUGUGGUUUAUCCGCGACGGCUGUGGCAUCGCCUGUGCCAUUGUUACCUGGUUUCUGGUCCUCUAUGCGGAGUUCGUGGUCCUCUUCGUCAUGCUGCUUCCAUCCCGAGACUAUGUGUACAGCAUCAUCAAUGGAAUUGUGUUCAACCUGCUGGCCUUCCUGGCCCUGGCUUCCCACUGCCGGGCCAUGCUGACGGACCCCGGUGCGGUGCCCAAAGGAAACGCCACUAAAGAAUUCAUCGAGAGUUUACAGCUGAAGCCCGGGCAGGUGGUGUACAAGUGUCCCAAAUGCUGCAGCAUCAAACCCGACCGAGCCCACCACUGCAGUGUCUGUAAGCGGUGUAUCCGGAAGAUGGACCACCACUGUCCCUGGGUCAAUAACUGCGUCGGCGAGAACAACCAGAAGUACUUCGUCCUGUUUACAAUGUACAUAGCGCUCAUUUCCUUGCACGCCCUCAUCAUGGUGGGAUUCCACUUUCUGCAUUGCUUUGAAGAAGACUGGACAAGGGCCAACCCCGUUUUAGCAGAUCAGCAGCAAGCCUACGGACUGCCCAGGCAAGGGGCAGCAGAGGCCCGAAUCUCCAUGGAAAAAAAGCAGCCCCUUAAAGUCAGAUCCACAGAGUGCAGCUCCUUCUCGCCGCCCACCACGGUGAUCCUCCUCAUCCUGCUGUGCUUCGAGGGCCUGCUCUUCCUCAUCUUCACAUCAGUGAUGUUUGGGACCCAGGUGCACUCCAUCUGCACAGACGAAACGGGCAUCGAGCGCCUCAAACGAAAGCACCAGCCCAGGGAGCACCGGGGCAGCUGGAAGGCGGUUAAGGAGACCUUUGGUGGGAAUUUCUCCCUGAACUGGUUCAACCCCUUCUCCCGACCGUGCGACCCAGAGCCUCUCAAUGACAGGGCCUGGGUGCGGCAGGUGGCCUCGCUGUCCGACACGGACAACACGGAGACGACGGAGGAGCAGUCGGAGGAGAGGAAGGAUGAGGACUCUGUGGAGGUGAUAGAUGAGUGACGCUGCCGCGGAGGGAGGGCCGGACACCGAAAAGCCCCGGGCAACCCCGGCUGCGGGCGUCAUGGCCACGGCGAGGUCAUGCCGCGCCAGCCCGCACCCCUGCACCCCCACUGCACCCCGCCACUCCCCACGGGCCCCUCGCUGCCAUCGCCAGCCCCCUACCCCCUCCUCUCUCCCCAGGCUGGGCCAGGUCUAGGGAGUGGGUUGGGGGUGACGUGGGGACCAGAGACUCUCGGGGUCCAUCCAAGAAGAGUCUUGGCUGUGCUUCCAAGAUGGGCACCCCUUGUGACGGGCACUGCCUGGCCAGCUACAGACGCUCUGAACAGGGCAGCCCAGGGGCAGGGAAGAACUUACCUCUGGAUUUUCUUGGGAUGUCUGUCUCCUCUCGAAAAGGUUGGGGCCCCGGCUCCUGGCUUUUGAGAACGAAGGCCGUGAUUUGAUGACAGAAAGACAGGAUAGGGCUGGCCUGGGGCCCUGGGGUGGGCGCUGACGCCAGGACAGACAAGCCUCGGAAGUCUGCAGGGGGCCAGCUGCUCCCGGAAAGGCUUCCCCGAGCCUGUCUACACUGGGCCAAAGGCAGGACUCCUGCGGCAGCUGGCACAGGCCAAGCCCCAUACUGGAGCUGUGAACACACAUACAUGGACACGUGCCCGGGAUGGAAACACGGGUUAUGUCACUGUGUCAUGACACCAGCGCCAAAACUCAGCUCCCUUUCCAUCCCAAAGAUUCUAGAACCGUCACUGAGUCAGACAGCUCGGAGCAUUCCUGCCUUGUGGCCACUGAUCUGUCCGUUCACACACAGGGACGGGGGAGAGGACCUACUCAGAGCUGGGGGGCGGAUUCUGACCGCCCCGCCGAGAGCUUAAUUAGCUUUCCCUCUGGAGGGAGCCUAACCACCCACUUGUGCAGAACUGACCAGAAAUCUGGCCCCUGUGUUUUAGACCAGGUCUCCCAAGAUAGGGUCCAUCGUGUCUCUGAAAGAUAGGUGGUACCCAGGGCCCACAGAUGGGUGGACCAGGAAGACCAGACAGAUGCACGGACAGACUCACGUGAGCACACGCACCGCACUUUUCCAGGAUGAGCCUGGUCCCCGUGUGAAGCCUGAAGUGUCUGUGACCAUGACCGAAGGCCUCAGCAGGGUCCCUAGGGCUCCAAGACCCCAUUCCAGGGGGUGCCAAAGACACGUCUUGCACACAAGAGUCCCGCAGAGGGUUUGGGCCUCAGUUUGGCAUAAGAAUAGACUGGCCACCCCAACCUCCCCUGAGGAAACCUUCGCUCCCUCUGGCCCGUGGCCCUGGGGUCAGCAGGCACCAGGAUAGAGGAGGGCUCGGGCACCGAGGCAGAGCCGGAGUCACACCCCCCCACAGAGGGCCUGUGGCCCCAGUUAAAUCGGGGAGAAGGUCAGCGUUUGGGGGUGCAGCCCAAGACACUUAGGAAGAAAGGUUGUGGGGACUGUGGGAAGAGGAGGGCCAGGCAGCGGCAGCAGCUGUGAAGGGCUGUGACCCUGUCACAGAGAGACCCCCCCAUCGGCAGCUGAUGACCCACCAGGCCCCCAGGCUAACUGCUCAGAGGGGCUGGAGCUCAGAGCCACCUGACCUGAUCCCCGCUCAGAGCCCUCAGAACACGUCUCGUGAGGGGGUGACGGCAGGGCUCUCUCAGUGACAGAGCAGCUGGAAAGGCCCAGACCUCCCACACCCAGACUGUGGCCCUAUCUUCUUGGUCCCUAUCAGCUUUAAUAUUUAUUAACGACGAUGUCAGGAGCCCUGGUCGCUCCGAAGGCCAUUACCCCGCAGCCAGGCGGGCCGCUGCCGCUCGCCGCUUUGGGAGGCCGUGCUUCGAUCACGGAGGCCUGCCCUUUCCUGUCCUGGUCCGGGAGGCAGGUGGACUGCGACCAAAGACCCCACACUGCAGAGCACGCCCUGGAGGGCAGUUAGAAUAGGGGAGAGGGCUCCCCGGCCGCUGCUGGCAGCCCCAGUGGCAGUGCUGACUGUCGAGUGGCCCUGGGAGGCAUGUCACCUGCAGUCAGACUGGCCUCCCUGUCGGGCGAGCCCAUCCACAGCUGGGGACGCAAACCCGGCCGACCCUGAGCUUCCCCCGCGCUGCUGACAGGUGGCCUUGCCCUCCGUGGAGGCCGUUGACAGCAUAACGCUGUGCUUGCCUCAAACUGACAGGAUCGUAACUCUUCCCAACCCGACGAGGACCACGGGGAGGGAGGCUGGGCGCAAGCGUCCCCCUCGUGCUCCCGGAAUAAAAAGCUCUUUGCUCGAC